AACUAAAAGCAGCCGUAUCUCCCCUGUUCGCUCCUCCAUCUUCUAAACCUAAAGAAAAAACAGCCGACGACGGAUCUUCUUCCAUUCGCAGGGAAGGGAAGGUAAGGUUCAAUCAGCCAGCAAGCAGACACGCCGAGCCCAUUUUGCCAGGUCAUUCUUAAAGGUUCGUUGUGCAUCCUAGAGGAAGGAUAAGCAAGUGCAAAAAUGGGAAAAGCAUCGAGAGAUAAAAGGGAUAUCUAUUACCGCAAAGCAAAAGAAGAAGGCUGGCGUGCCCGAAGUGCCUUCAAGCUCCUUCAAAUUGAUGAGGAGUUCAACAUCUUUCAAGGAGUUAAGCGCGUGGUAGAUCUCUGUGCCGCACCUGGUAGCUGGAGUCAGGUUUUGAGUCGUAAAUUGUAUCUCCCAGCUAAACUAUCAUCCGAGCUUCCACUCAUCGUGGCCAUUGAUUUACAACCCAUGGCUCCGAUUGAAGGUGUCAUCCAAGUACAAGGAGACAUAACUAAUGCUAGAACAGCUGAAGUGGUCAUUAGGCAUUUCGAUGGAUGCAAGGCUGACCUAGUUGUUUGUGACGGUGCUCCUGAUGUAACUGGACUUCAUGACAUGGAUGAAUUCGUUCAGUCACAACUAAUAUUGGCGGGGUUGACAAUUGUGACUCACAUACUCAAGAAAGGUGGAAAAUUUAUUGCAAAGAUCUUUAGGGGAAAGGAUACAAGCCUUUUAUAUUGUCAGCUAAAACUAUUUUUCACAGAAGUAACUCUCGCAAAACCAAAAAGUAGCCGAAAUUCAAGCAUAGAGGCAUUUGCUGUUUGUGAAAAUUAUUCACCUCCGGAAGGCUUCAAUGAGAAAGAUUUGCAUCGCCUCCUUGAGAAGGUCGGAACUCCAUCUGGUGCAGACGACUUAGAUUGUAGUAGUGGAUGGUUAGAAGGGCCAAACAAGGUUUAUAUACCAUUUCUGGCGUGUGGAGACCUUAGUGGUUAUGACUCGGACCGAUCAUAUCCGCUUUCUAAAGCCCCUGAUGGUUCUUACAAGAUUUUGGACCCUGUGCAGCCUCCAAUUGACCCCCCUUAUAAGAGAGCUCUUGAAAUGAAAAAAGCUUCAAACCAUGGCCUUGAAAAGCUUUCCCUUGAUCCUUGAAUUCCCUAUUUAAUCAUACUUAUUCGCCAAUUUGUAUCUUAAUCCGAUUAAAUUUUGUAAUCGUAACUAGAUUAUUACAAGUAGUGGUUAAAAAACAUUCCAACGGAUAGCCUUCGAUUGCUUUUAAUGUCUUGAAUAGUUGAAUGUCAUACGAAUCAAUGCA